AUGAAGUUCGCAGAGCAUCUUCAGGAGUCUCAGGUUCCUGAGUGGAGCGAUAAGUACAUCAACUAUAAGCUAGGCAAGAAGAAGAUCAAGCAGUUUCAGAAAAUUAGAAGGAUGCAAGAUGUUGGGUCCAUGGAUAACGUUAUGGUGAGGGAGUUUAUUCAUGAUUGGGUUAUUCGUGAUCAAUUGAAGAAUUGCGAUGAGUUUUAUGAAUGGCAGCUCUCCAAGUAUCAGCAAAAAUAUCUAAAGCUCCAGAGACAGAUCCACAUGUAUGUGUUAGAGACCGAGAAACGUGGCAGACUGGAGGAUGCGAAUCGUGUAACUAGUGAAGUGAGCUUGUCACAGCUAUCUGAGUCUUAUGGAUCCAUAUUUCCGGGUUUCAGCCCUGUUUAUUUGAGGUACACCCUUAAACAGAAAAUCUGGCACGAUUUGAAGCAGUGGUUAAUCGUAAACGACCUAUACCCUUCUAUGCCUGUUGCCUGGAAGGAGAAGGCACCAUUGCUAUCGAAGAGGACUAGAAGACAUGGUUCUAGAGGACAAGAGACAUUCCAAUCUCAGCCGUUCCAACUUCCAUUGUCUCAGAUCAGACGGCAAUUGUCAGAAGCCAUUUUGGAUUUCUACCUUUACCUUCAGUUGCUCAAAAACUACAGAGACUUAAACGUCAAUGGAUUCAGGAAAAUCGUGAAGAAGUUCGAUAAGGUGCUCCACCAGCACCAGUUAAGGGGAUUCAUGGAAUAUGCCAAAAGGAACUCUACGAUGUUCAGUCAUUAUGACGAAUAUUUGAAGUUGAUUAAGGAUAACAUUGAACAUGCAGACGUUGUUAAUGCGAAUACUUUCCUUGGUGAGGGCAACAACAAGGAGGAUUUGAAGAAAGACCCAUUAACCUUUUUCGAACAACAAUCAAUAAAUUGGUAUACUAUGACAUUAACUUCUUCAUCAAAGGACAAAAAGCUCAACUUGGAACAAAUUAAAAGUUUAUCUCUACAGUACUCUUUUAACGAACAAACUGUGCAUAGGAUCAAUGCCUCUAUGUCUCAGAUGUUUUUAGGCAGUACAUUAUUGGGAGUGUCUCUUACCUUAGUUAUAUUGAUGGUUGUUAUUUUGGCUCGUCAUUCAACUGACAGAAUGAAAACAAAUAUAUUACCAAUAUGGUCCAGUUUUCAUUAUGUAACUUUCAUGGGCUUAUUGUUUGUUAUAGACUGCUUUGUGUGGUAUAAAGUUAAGAUUAACUACAGAUUUAUCAUGUUUGGUGAAAUACAUUCCAGAAAUGGACCAGUCUUGUUUAAUAACGAUUUUGCAAUGACACAUAUCCCGCUUCAAUUCUUUCUGGCAACCACCUUCCUCUGUAUUUGUUCAUUGUUGGCCUUUUGUAGUUUAGUUAUGGAGAAGCUAGAGCCCUGGGUUUUAGUAUGGUUAUUGACUGGUUUCAUUUUGCUCUUUUGGAAAUUCAAAGCAGUUCAAAUAUGGCCUUAUUGGGACGCAACAUGGCAGGCGAGAAAGUACCUUAUUAAAACAUUCAUCCGAUUAAUAUUCUCUGGAUUCUUCCCUGUUCACUUUGGUGACUUCUUUUUGGGUGAUAUUGUUUGUUCUUUAACAUAUUCAAUGUCACAAUUUGCAACUUUAGGCUGCAUAAGUUUCGCUAGUUCAAAUGAGGAUAAGUGUCGGUACGAAAACUUAUUAUGGAUUGGUAUAUUAUCGUGUUUGCCCAGCUAUUGGAGAUUUGUUCAAUGUUUGAGAAGAUACUUCGAUAGUUAUGAUUGGUUUCCUCACUUAUUAAAUGCCCUAAAGUACGCUUUCAGUGUCAUUUUCAAUGCAUCCUUAUAUUGGUAUAAAAGUUGGCCUCAGGAUCCAAAAUUUAGAAAUCUUCUCAUAAUUUUUGGAUGUCUCAAUUCUUCAUUAACAAGCAUGUGGGAUUUAAUUAUGGAUUGGUCUUUACUGCAGAAAAAAUCUAAGCACUUCUUAUUGAGGGAUGACUUAUACUUGGCUGGAAAGAAAAACUGGAAAACAGGAGAAUACGAUAAAUUUAGAACGUUGAUUUAUUAUUACUUUAUGUUAUUUGAUGUGAUUGUUAGAUUUGAAUGGGUGUUCUAUAUGGUGAAAAAUAACACGGAUUAUGUUCGUCAUCCUCUAGUGUCGUUAGCAUUAGCGACAAUGGAGAUUAUCAGACGUUUUAACUGGGUCAUUUUACGUGUUGAGAAUGAACAUGUUGCCAAUGUCCAUCUAUUCAAGGUUACAGACGAUAACUGGCAGUUACCUUUCCCAGUUACAGAAGAAGGUGGUGAAAUUGCUCGUGAAGAUGAGUACAGCGCUGCCGCCGAAAACAUGGACAAUAUUGCAUUAUUGACUGCCAUGAGAUCAAAUCCAGAGUCGGAAACACUCCCCCAACCACGCGCACACUCAGUUUCACGUGCCGAAAGAAGAGCAUCUGUGUUUGAAAUUAUCCCAUGGGCCCAUGCAACAGACUUCCAAAGACCUCUCGAGGCCCCCAUUGACGAAUCUGCAGCAGCUUCUGAUAGUGAAACAGAUUCUGAAAGUUUAGUAUAG